AGGAGAAGAAAGAAGAGCUCUCCGAGGAGGACCGGCAGAAGAAGGAGGAGCUGGAGCUCCUGGCCCAGCGCGCCCAGGACCCCGAUGAGGGCGUAGCCAAGCUGGCCCUGACCACCAUAGUCACAGAGCUUAAGACCGCGACGAGCUCGAUGACCUCGGUCCCGAAGCCGCUGAAGUUCCUGCGACCACACUACGCGGCACUCACCGAGCACUACGAGAAGAUGAACAACCCCAGCUUGAAGCCCUUCUUCGCUGACGUGCUCUCCGUGCUGGCCACCACCAUGCAGAAGGAGGGGUCUCGCCAAAGCUUGAAGUACAGGCUGGAGGGCACCAAGGAGGGGAAGGAGAGGCUCCUGGCGAACCUGGUCUGCCUCCUCCUGGUGCCCCUGACCAGCUUCGGUCCCACUUUGCCGCCACCAGCCCGCGGGUUCUCUUUCGAGGGGCUCACCAGCUGGGGGCACGAGUACAUCCGGAACAUCUCUGGCGAGAUCUCCGAGGAGUUCAAGGAGCGCACCGAGAAGGGGGCCGACGUGAAGGAGCUUCUAGACCUAGUGGAGGAGAUCGUCCCCUUCAACAUGAAGCACAACGCCGAGGUCGACGCCAUCGACCUGCUCUGCGAGGUCGACAAGGUGGUCAAGAUUGAGCAGCUCUGCGAGGAGGCCACCUUCGGCCGCGUGUGCCUCUACCUGCAGGGCCUUUCGAACUUCGCCGCCACGCAGGCAGACAAGGUGGUAUACCUGAAGGUCUGCUGCAACCUGUACGUGAAGUUCAAGGAGUACCCAAAUGCCCUCCGCAUCGCCCUCAAGCUGAACGACAGCAAGCUCGUCACUGACGUGUUCGCGUCCUGCGAGGACAAGCUGGUGAAGAAGCAGAUGGCGUUCCUCAUCUCGCGGCGCAAGUUCAACCACGAGUUCGAGGACGACGACGACGACCUCAAGGAG